AUGACCACCAUUGUUAAGGGGAAUGAGACUCCAACAAGGCUUGAGAAAUACCAUCCUUCGAGGGUAGUUACUCUUGUUUAUCAACCAUUUGCACUUGGAACAAUAAUAUUAUUUGCAUACAAUGAGGCGAAGAUCAACACCAGAAAGCGGAACAUAGCUGGAUACAUACUCUUUACUGCAAGUACUUUCAUGCUCAUAGUUGUGGAUUUAGUCACAUCAGGUAAAGGAGGAAUUGGACCUUUUAUUGGUGUAUGUGCAUGUGUUGCUGCUUUUGGAAUUUCAGAUGCACUUGUUCAAGGUGGAAUUGUCGGUGACUUGUCAUUAAUGUGCCCUGCAUUCAUCCAGUCCUACUUUGGUGGGUUGGCAGCAUCCGGGGCCUUGACUUCUGUUUUGAGGCUAAUCACAAAAGCAGUAUUUGAAAAAAGCGAUAAUGGUCUUCGCAAAGGAUACUACCGUGCAAAGGCAGCCUCAGAAGGAUCGAAGACUGUUUCAGCCGACCUUGCAGCUGCUGGCAUCCAGAAACCUGAAAAUGAGCUAGAUGCCAAUGAUGCCAAAAACCUUGAGCGUUUGAGCAAUAAACAACUAUUGUUUCAAAAUAUAGAUUAUGCACUGGGCCUGUUUCUGAUAUAUGUGCUGACAUUAUCAAUUUUCCCAGGGUUCUUGUAUGAAAAUACUGGUCAACACAAGUUGGGUGAAUGGUAUUCCCUUGUUCUGAUUGCAAUGUACAAUGUGUGGGAUCUUAUAUCAAGAUACAUUCCCCUUGUGAAAUGCUUGAAGUUGGAGUCCAGAAGAGGCCUGAUGAUUGCAAUUCUGGCUCGUUUUUUACUCAUUCCCGCAUUUUACUUCACUGCAAAAUAUGGUGAUCAGGGAUGGAUGAUAUUGCUAACAUCUUUUUUGGGAAUAACAAAUGGUUAUCUCACUGUGUGCAUCCUUACAGAGGCACCCAAAGGUUACAAGGGACCUGAGCAAAAUGCUUUGGGUAAUCUGAUUAUGGUAUUCCUAUUAGGAGGCAUAUUUGCUGGGGUUUGCCUUGAUUGGCUGUGGCUCAUAGAAAUUAAAGGGCUUGUUAAUCUCCUUGCCAUCUUCAACUAUUUCUACAGUGGAGUAGCCAUGAAAAGUUCUAGUCAAAGUGAGGCUCCAAGAAGAGUACUCGAGGGAAGGUUUAUAGCGAUGGCGUGUUGUUGGGCUCUUGGACUUGCAACACUUGUCACAUGGAACUGUGUGCUGACAAUCGAAGAUUACUAUUAUAAAUUGUUCCCGGUAGCUAUGGCUAUACUGACAUAUUAUGAGUCAAAGAUCGAUACUCGAAAGCGCAACAUAUCAGGCCUCGUACUUUUCUUUUCGAGUUCAUUGUUGCUUCUACUUUUGGAUUUAGCUACAUCAGGUAAAGGUGGAAUUGGAAAUUUCAUUGGUAUAUGCGCAAUUGCGGGUUCUUUUGGAAUUGCAGAUGCCCUUCUUCAAGGUGGGAUGGUUGGAGACCUAUUUUUUAUGUGCCCUGAAUUCCUUCAGUCCUACCUUGCUGGUAUAGCUGCUUCAGGUUUUCUAACCUCUGCUCUGAGGCUACUAACAAAAGCAGCAUUUGAAGAACUUCCUAAUGGUCUUCGCAAAGGAGUUAUACUGUUUCUAGUGAUCUCCACUUUCUUUGAGUUUCUAUGCAUUCUGGUAUAUGCAUUUCUCUUCCCCAAACUCCCAAUAGUGAAAUACUACCGCUUGAAGGCAUCCACUGAAGGAUCAAACACUGUCUCAGCCGACCUUGCAGCUGGUGGCAUACAAAUAAACCAGGAGGAUGAAGAUGAAGCAAAACUCCAUGAGAGGCUAAGCAACAAGGAAUUAUUCUUUCAGAACAUAGACUAUGCAUUUGAUCUAAUUCUUAUAUUUGUGCUGUCAUUAUCAAUUGUCCCUGGCUUCAUAUAUGAAGAUACUGGAUCACACCAUUUGCACUCAUGGUAUGCACUUGUUCUGAUUACAAUGUACAAUGCAUGCGAUCUGAUAUCAAGAUACAUUCCUCUUGUGGAAUUCCUGAAGCUUAAGUCCAGAAAGGGCCUUAUGAUCGCAGUACUUUCUCGCUUUCUUCUCAUUCCAGCAUUUUACUUCACAGCAAAAUACAGUGAUCAGGGAUGGAUGAUCUUUCUAAUUUCCUUCUUGGGAUUAACAACUGGCUAUCUCACAGUCUGUGUUAUUACAGAAGCACCCAAAGGUUACAAGGGACCUGAACAAAAUGCCUUGGGUAAUUUGCUAGUUCUAUGUGUAUUAUGUGGUGUUUUUGCAGGGGUUGCCCUUGAUUGGUUGUGGCUUGUAGGUAAAAAGGAGUUUUAA